AUGUCGACUUCCCCACAAUCCCCAGAGUCAAAUCAACCACUUCCAACCUCCCAUCCUACUGAAGAAGUCCAAGAUGCCUCCCAGAGACGAGAGUCCGAGUCCACCACCCGUUCCACCGAACUCUCCAGCGUCACCUUAAAAUUACGCAAGGCCCUGCGAAACUUCCCCGACUUUCCCAUCCCGGGCAUCGAUUUCGUCGACAUCUUGCCGCUCUUCGCCAACCACGAUCUUCACGAAUCUUUAAUUCGCGCUCUCGAAUUGCAAGUCUUGUUGGUGAAUGGAGGAAAGAAACCAGAUGUGGUUGUGGGUUUGGAUGCUCGAGGAUUCUUGUUUGGUCCCUCGCUGGCUUUGAGAUUAGGUGCGGGAUUUGCUCCCGUCAGAAAGAGAGGAAAGUUGCCGGGUCCAACGGAAGAGGCAAGCUUCGAGAAGGAGUAUGGUCAGGAUUAUUUCCAAAUUCAGAAGGAUGCCAUCAAACCAGGACAAUCGGUUUUGGUUGUAGAUGAUAUCAUUGCUACUGGAGGAAGUGCCCAAGCUGCCGGAAAACUUGUCCAACAACUCGGUGGACAUUGCAUGGGAUAUUUGUUUAUUUUGGAAUUGGAUUUCUUGAAAGGACGUGACAAACUUUCCGCUCCCGUCGCAACAUUAUUACGCGAUUAAAUAGUCAUCAGGGAGUGGGAAUCAAAAGUCACAAAACAUGUUGUUGGGCGUUGGUGGAGGGUACCAGGUAUAUUCAUCACAUAGACCGCAUUGCAUUAUACAUGAUGAGGGGGAUUGAUUGCACGAGGAGGUUAACCAGAAGGGGGGAAUUGGUUUCAUGACGAAAGGGAGGGCUUUUGCAUAAGAGUGCCAGGUAUCUUUAUCUUGGGUUUGAUACUCAUUCAGCGGAGAGUAUUCAGCGACAAUAAGAAUAGGGAUAUUGACUUUGGAUCCAAAAGUAUCUUGACGUCGAUUUGGAUAAUAGUUUGGAUUUUGGGACGGACGGAUGGAUGGAUGGAUGAAUGGGAACAGAACAGAAAUAUGGCAAAAUCCAA